AGAAUGCCGUAUUGGUGUUGAACGUCACUGUGAAACAUGUCGGGCGAACAGGAGGAAACGCAUGACAAGUUUGAUACGAACGGAGAUGUUCCGCGGGUGCAGGGACCCGGAGGGAGAAGUAGUGAUCCCGUGCUCAAGAAGAGUACAUCUAUGUACCUGAAUGUUGUAGCUCCGCACAAACCCGGUCGACCGUCAAUAGACCAUACCUCAGAAGGGGCGCUGACCCAAGAGUUCACGCUGUAUGGAGACGAGAGCUACGUGCCGUCCGAGCGCGUGCAGGAAGUCAUCAACAAUGUGCACGACCACAAACACCGCGCGCAGAAGAUCUUCUCCGAGAUGGACGUGCUGCGGAACAGGAACGAAAACGAUUUCGAGUGGAGGGAGGUCUGCAGGUGGGUGAAGUACGAGGAGAAGCUGGAGGAGAGCUCUAACCGUUGGUCCAAGCCGCACGUGGCCUCGCUGUCUAUGCACUACAUCGUGGAGCUGCGCCGACUGCUGAUGGAGGGCAAACUGCUACUCGACGUCGAGUGUUACUCUGUCUCACAGAUCGUAGAAAAGUUCCUCGACGAGUGGAUCGCUGGACACCAGCUGGAUCCCAAGCUGAGACAACACUUACGAACCGUCCUGCUGAAACACCAUCGUCACGGCGAGGACACGAGGAAAGAGAAGAAAUACAAGAGAACGAUGUCUUCCCAGAACAUGCUGCUGAAGGUGGCGAGCCAGGCGAGUAUCUCCAGCAGCCCCAGCGCUGGGAGUCUUGAGAGCAUGGAGUCGGACAGCGUGGAGGCGUCCAAGAAGCAAAAUGACCGGUUUCUGAGGAAGAUUCCGAAAGGUUCUGAAGUGGCCAGCAUCUGGAUCGGCGCCAUCGAGGAGCUGGAAAAUCCCAUUUGCGGCUUCAUGCGGCUCAACGACCCGCGCCUGCUUGGUGACCUCUCGGAGGUCAACCUUCCCACGAGGUUCAUCUUCAUCCUCCUGGGGCCGCCCGCCAUGAUUGACAACUACACGGAGUGCGGGCGAUGCAUCGCGACGAUGAUGGUCGACGAUAUUUUCAGGGAGGUUGCUUUUAAGUGCAGGAACAAAAAUGAUUUGAUUGCUGGGUGUGAUGAAUUUUUGGAACAAGUAACGGUGCUGCCCCCUGGAGAGUGGGACCCAAAGAUCAGAAUAGAGCCCCCUGACAGCGUGCCAGAUCAGAAAAUUCGAAGAACUCAGUCGUCUGCUGACUUCUUCCUGGAGGCGACUGAUGGGAAACACGGCGGUGAGCAUGAUGACAGCCACAUCGAUCCCGACCUCGUUAUCAGCUGCAGGCCGUUCAAGGGGCUGUUCCUCGACAUCAAGCGGAAGAUCCCCUUCUACCCGUCAGACUUCAAGGACGCCAUCCACAUACAGUGCAUCGCCUCAAUUAUCUACAUCUUCUUGGCGACCUUGACCCCGAACGUCACCUUCGGUGGAAUGCUUGGAAAGGCCACCGACCAAUAUAUGGGAGUCAUGGAGUGUAUAUUUGCAGCAGCAGUAACGGGCGUUGCCUUUGCUCUGAUGUCUGGUCAACCGAUGAACAUUCUUGGUAGUACGGGGCCCAUGUUGGUGCUUGAGAAAAUUAUAUUCGAUAUUUGCAAGGACAACAACUGGGACUUCCUGCCCACGCGACUCUGGAUCGGCGUGUGGACGACGGGUUACCUGCUCCUGAUCGUGGCGUUCGACCUGAGCGCGCUGGUGAAGUACAUCACGCGCUUCACGGAGGAGAGCUUCGCGUGCCUCAUCGCGCUAAUCUUCAUCUACGAGGCUUUCGUCAAGCUGGCCGAGAUCCAUUACGAGGAGGCGCCGCUCAACCUCCACCCCAACGGCACCUACAUCCCACCAUUCCACUGCGAGUGCAUCGUCGCCAACCAAAGCACGACGCCCGGCGCGCUAACCAGCAUGAUGUCCACCGUGGCGACAACGUUUACCUCGAACAAUAACGUGACGUCUGAGAUGAUGACGACGACGAUGGAGAUGAUGAUGUCGACGAAGCACUGGGACAAGCAGAUGUGCGAGAACGCGCUGAACACGUGGCACUGCACUGGCACCGUGCCCGACGCCUUCGUCUUCUCCCUCCUCCUCUUCUUCGGCACGUUCGGCAUCUCCGUCUUCUGCGUCCAGUUCAAGACGUGGCCGUGCUUUCCCACGUUUGUUCGUCAGAUGAUCAGCGACUUUGGUGUGCUCAUCGCCAUCAUCCUCAUGGUGGGCUUCGACUACGGCCUGGGACUGCACACACCCAAACUCAAAGUACCGGCCGAGUUCAAGCCGACACGGUCGGACGUUCGAGGCUGGCUUAUCCACCCCUUCUCGGAGAAGAACCCUUGGUGGCUGUACAUCGCCGCCGGUGUGCCCGCCAUCAUCGCCACCAUCCUCAUCUUUAUGGACCAGCAGAUCACCGCCGUCAUCGUCAACCGCAAGGAAAACAAACUCAAGAAAGGUAAGGGUUACCAUCUGGACCUGCUUGUGGUGGCUGCCCUGGUGCUCGCCCACUCCUUCCUGGGUCUGCCCUGGUACGUGGCCGCCACCGUGUCCGCCAUAGCCCACAUCCAGAGUUUAAAGAAGGAAUCAGAAUGUACCGCCCCUGGCGAACGACCAACGUUUCUCGGAGUAAGGGAACAACGUGUGACGGGUUUGGUUGUCGGAAUUCUCAGUGGAGUGGCUGUACUCAUCACAAAUGUCCUCGGGGUGAUACCAAUGCCUGUUCUGUAUGGAAUCUUCUUUUAUAUGGGUUUCUCGGCUUUGUUUGGCAUGCAGUUUAUUGACCGAAUCCUGCUGUUCUUGAUGCCGGUCAAGUACCAGCCGGACUAUGUCUAUCUGCGACACGUGCCCCUGUGGCGGGUCCACGUAUUCACCGUCCUUCAGAUCGUCUGUCUGGUAGCCCUGUGGAUCGUCAAGAGCAUCAAGUCCAUCUCCAUCGCCUUCCCCUUGCUCGUGGUGUUCACAGGUGUUGUGAGGAAACUCCUUGAGUGUUUCUUCACCCAGUACGAGCUCAAAUACUUGGACGACAUCCUCCCGUCCAUGAAGAGGAAGAAAGCGCUCAAAAACGACGAUACUAAGCCAAUCAAAAACGAGUUUAGUAACACGGCCUACUCUGGUGAAGAUAACGUUGUUAGCGUCGUUGAUGAAAAGAAACCAGCCUUCUUUGUUGGCGGAAGUCAAGAAUUCUCUGGAGGUCAGGGAUACUCCAACAGUGCGUUUGACACAAAAAUGUGAUUUGAUUGGUUAACAUAUGAUUGGUUUUGAAGAACUAAUGACGUCAUGGCGUGGGUUAAUCGGACAGAGAACGUUUGCAAAAUCCACAUCUGUUUGAUUCCUAGAUGUAACUACGGACCAUUGAUUAAUGAGCAUUGUUAGCGACACGUAACUAAUGACUACUGUUACCAUGCUGUCUCUUGAUUAAUAAUAUAUAGUCAUUAUUUACCAGAUAUCAUAACCAAGAUGAAUCAUAUUUAUUUCAUUCAGGUCAAGGGCGGGAUGCGGGGGUGGGGGACUCACAGAACCGUAAACCUGUAAUGAUCUGGAAGCCGUAUGUCCUGAACAUUUUAGAAAAUCUUGUCUACAUACUCUAUCUACACUACAAGACAUGCAGCGCUCCAAAUCUCUAGUUUACACCCAAUUACUCAACAUAUAAAACAAAACAAAAAUAUCCCUAAAACCAGAAUGUAGCUGUUGCUGUUUUGUUACAUCAAAGCUAUAGUUUUAAUGACAUGGAACAAAAUACAAUAAUAAUAUUAGGACCAAAACUGAUGGGAAGAGGGUUUUAAUAAAUAGAACGGCUUCACGUUUACAUCAGAAUGUUGAUGCCGUAAGCUAAUCAUUUUAUCAUUUUAUAUCCGAGGUUGAGUAAACCCAAUGACGUAAAUAAAUAUGUAGCCAGAUAUAUAGUGCAGCUGUGCAUUGUAAUGUCAAAUAUGUAUUGAAUAGCAUGGACAUGUAAACUCAAUGGGCCGAAUUUACGAACGAUAUUUAUGCCUUGGUCAAUAUUAACUUUCCUAAAUAGACUAAUGUAGGCCCGUAGGAACGAUAUCUAGUGGGGGGAACAAUCUCUAAUAAGGGGCCACAGUCUGUAGUGGUGGUCACAAGCCAGAAUUUUUGUCUUUAUUUAUAUAGAGUAUGACCCAAAAAAACUCGCCCCCGCCCCCAGUUCCUACAAUGUGAUUAGUAACUUCAUAAACACUGGUAUUUAGACUCGGAAAUAAACACACGAUUUUGUAAAUUCGGCCCGAUAUGUUCAUGGUCCAUCUCUACGUUGUCUUUCAUGUUUUAAUUUGCAUUAUGAAUCGUCUAAACGCUAAAUGGAGGACAAUCAGAUAUAAAGUAUUAGUGCAUCAUAACUUUUUGCUUGUCAACCCAACUCUCUUGGAGUCGGUAAUAUAACACGUUUGCUAAUAAGGAUUAGUAGUCUACCUUUCUCUAAAAUUUGACCACGGGCCUAAACCACUAAGCAACAUGGCAUCAUCCUUUUGAGACGAUUUGCACUGCACCGCGAGACCGCAAUGUUGUGGUGGGUUCAUAAAGUUUCUAAUGUCUGAUCAGCAAAUAUUUUCCUAUGAAACUAAAAGCAAAUAUUUUCUAUAAACUGAAGUUUGAAAACCCAGUGUUCGCUAUAAGUUGUCGGUUGAUCAAAUCAAAAGUUGUUCUUAGGAUGCUAUUAAUGCUCGUAGUUAACCAGAUUUUACACAUACCAUAAGAUUUUUUUUCCUCUCACAAUGGUGUACAUAUUGAUGAAUCAGGAAUGAGCCUAGUCAUAUAGUAGGAACUACUAAUGGGCAGGUCUAAUUGGGAAAUAGGUGUGUACCUUUGUAAGGCAAAAGUCGGCAAGUGGUGGUUUCCUUUUGGUGGGAGAGGCGUGUUAUUUCGUAUUCUUUUAAGAGAGAUUUAUAUCUUUUAUGGAGAUCCAUUUUUAUACGCACAAAAAAGAAGAAUAUUUUGUUUAAAACAUCAUUAAUAAAGUCAACAACACCAACUGAAAUUGCAUCAAAACCAGUCAAGAUAUUUUUAAAAUUUAUUUAUGUUUUAAAAUCAGUAAAUCGCACGCUCUCUUUGAUAAGCUUAUCUACAUACCUACUGAUCGAUCCGCGCUUGUGUAUUAUUAAUACUGUUAACUAACUAUUACAAUAUACUCUGGGGGAAACUGUAAAUAGAUGUCAAGUAAUGUAUAUAUAUAUAUAUAUAUAUAUAUAUAUAUAUAUAUAUAUAUAUAUAUAUAUAUAUAUAUAUAUAUAUAUAUAUAUUAUGAGUUUAGCUCUUAAUCCACUGACAACUGCACGGAAACCACUAGCUGGAUUACUUAAUUGUAACAUAAGUGCUAACAUUUUGUUUUGUAUAUUCGUGUUUUCUAAGAGUGACUAUCCAAUAUAGUAUACGAGCUUAUAUAUUAUGUUUAUGAUGACGAAAUAACAGCGCUGACACCAAGCUUUGCAAACUGGGCAACCGUAAUUUCAUCUAGCUCAUAUAUAGGCGUUGGACGCUGGGGCAACUGGGGUGGUCAAUUAAACUAGUACUUUAAUUUUCCUUUUGUCAAGGAAGGCCACUGCAUUAUUUUCCUUGUGUGUGUGUGUGUGGGGGGGGGGGGGGGGGGAAUCAACGUGUCCCCCACUCAAUCCCCGCUUUUGAUGCCUAUGAAGCCGUCAAUAAAGACAUUUGUGGCUGUUGCGAUAUACAUAUUACAGAUGCGUUAUAGAUUUUAAAUUGUGGAAUCGUUCGCGUGCUAAAAGGACAACCUAUGUGGAGUUUUUAAUGAAAUUAUGUAUUUACCUCUGCAUAAUUUGUUUCGAGCACUCAGUAUGUUUUACAUGGUGUGGUUUUUUUUAUCUCAAUUUGUUAAAUGCAAUUUGUGGAUGUAUAAAGAGAUAUAUUAUUUUAUUUGUAUAUACUGAUGCCAUUUAUUUGGAAAAUAAAGGUAAUUUAAAGAUA